UACGCUCAUCCGAGCACGUCCCCAUCUCUUCAGCUGAGUGGAAACACAUCUGCGCAGCUACCACUGACAUUACGACCCGCGACUCAACAGGAUGGGUAACCAUGCGUCUUGCAAACUUCCAAGUAACGUAUGACUAAGAGAUAACGUUGAAGCACUGAAACGUGCCGAUGAGCGUGUACCACUUUCUAUAAAAAAACAUACAAACAGGAGGGGAGGACUGAACAUUUGUCAUAGCAAACAAGUCGGGACAAGAUUGUUUUACUGGAUACACACAGACUGGCACAAAUCCCUCAUAACGGUUUUCCUGCUGACAGAGGUGUGUGUUCAUAAAGAAUAAGAGACAACUCAGUCUAAGAAGCUUCACUUUGUGAUCUGAAGAGUCAGUUUUCUUCUGAAUAUCGUCCAUCAGGCAGAAAAGAUGGAGCGGAUGGAAGACGAGAAGCCGAAGAAGAAGGUGACUCUUUACCUUCUGUACUGUGUUUCAACAGCAGUCAUCGGCUCGCUACAGUUUGGUUACAACACCGGGGUCAUCAAUGCACCAGAGCAGAAACUGCGUAGGUUUUUCCUGAAUGUGUCGAUGGAGCGGUACGGGGAGCCUUUCAGUCAAGGGACCAACACCAUGGUGUGGAGUAUUGCUGUGGCCAUCUUUAGUGUUGGAGGCAUGGUCGGGUCUUUCUCUGUUGGAGCCAUGGUCAACAAAUUUGGCAGGCGCAAGUCCAUGAUGCUAGCCAAUAUCCUGGCUGUAAUUGGUGGCGGUUUAAUGGGACUGUCGACUCUGACUAAAUCUUUUGAGAUAGUCAUUGUUGGCCGGUUGAUCAUUGGCGUGUUCUGCGGUCUGUGCACGGGACUGACACCCAUGUACGUAGGCGAGAUCUCUCCCACUGCUCUCCGAGGAGCCUUUGGCACGCUGCACCAGCUGGGUGUAGUUAUUGGCAUCCUGGUGGCACAGAUCUUUGGUCUGGAGUUUCUGCUUGGUUCAGACACUCUGUGGCCUCUUCUGCUGGCUCUGACCAUCCUGCCUGCCAUACUGCAGAGCAUCAUGCUGCCUUUCUGCCCUGAAAGCCCCCGAUACCUGCUCAUUGUUCUCAACCAGGAGGAGGAAGCAAGAAAAGCGUUGGUGCGUCUGCGCGGCUGUGAAGAUGUGAUCGAUGAUAUUCAGGAGAUGAGGGAAGAAGGGAUGAAGAUGGCCUUGGAAAAGAAAGUGACCAUCCCCGAACUCUUCCGCUCCCCAAACUACCGUCAACCAAUCAUUAUCGCUAUCGUCCUCCAGCUCUCUCAGCAGCUGUCCGGCAUCAACGCUGUCUUUUACUAUUCUACAGGAAUAUUUGACACAGCUGGUGUUACUCAACCCAUCUACGCCACCAUUGGGGCUGGAGUUGUCAACACUGUGUUUACUGUUGUCUCUCUCUUCCUGGUUGAAAGAGCGGGGCGAAGGACAUUGCACCUGAUUGGACUGGCUGGAAUGGCUAUCUGUGCCCUCCUUAUGACGAUCUCCCUGUCUUUGGUGAAGACCAACCAGUCUCUAAGCUACUUGGCCAUAGUGGCUGUGUUCGGCUUUGUUGCCAGUUUUGAGAUGGGUCCAGGUCCCAUCCCCUGGUUUAUUGUGGCAGAGCUCUUCUCUCAGGGCCCCCGGCCUGCUGCCAUGGCAGUCUCUGGUUUCUCCAACUGGACCGCCAACUUCCUGGUGGGGCUGGGUUUCCCUAAACUGGCGGAACUUUGCGGCCCUUACGUCUUCAUCAUCUUCAUGGUCCUCCUCAUCCUGUUCUUCAUCUUCACCUUCCUGCGAGUGCCUGAGACCAGAGGAAGAACCUUUGAUGAUAUCGCUCAGGGAUUCGCUGCCAGUGCAGGGAAAUCCCCCCAAUCCCCGGCGCCUGAGGCGGUGGUCGUUGGCCUGCCAGAGAGCAAAGAAGCUGCACCCGUGUCCCCCACGGAAAAGGUUCCCAUGGUGGAUCUCCCACAAAAGCAAUGA